AGUAGUAGUGGUAGUAGUAGUAGUAGUAGUAGUAGUAGCAACGAUAGUGGUGGUAGUUGUAGUAGUAGCGAUAGUAGUAGUAGUAGUAGUAGUAGUAGUAGUAGUGAUGGUAGUAGUAGUAGUAGUAGAAGUAGCGUUAGUAGUAGUAGUAGCGAUGGUGGUAGUAGAAGUAGAAGUUGUAGUAGUAGCGGUAGUAGUAGUAGUAGUGGUAGUAGUAGUAGUGGUAGUAGUAGUAGUAGUGGUAGUAGUAGUAGUAGUAGUAGUAGUAGCAACGAUAGUGGUGGUAGUUGUAGUAGUAGCGAUAGUAGUAGUAGUAGUAGUAGUAGUAGUAGUAGCAGUAGUAGAAGUAGUGGCAAUGGUAAUAGUAGAAGUGCCGGUGACAAUAGUAGAAGUAGUAGUAGUAGUAGUAGUAGUAGUAGUAGUAGUAGUAGCGAUAAUGGUGGUAGUAGUAGUAGUAGUAGUAGUAGCGAUAGGAGUAGUAGUAGUAGUAGUAGCGAUAAUGGUGGUAGUAGUAGUAGUAGUAGUAGUAGCGGUAGUAGUACUAGUAGUAGCGAUAGUAGAAGUAGUAGUAGUAGUAGCGAUAGUAGAAGUAGUAGUAGUAGCGAUAGUAGAAGUAGUAGUAGUAGUAGUAGCGAUAGUAGAAGUAGUAGUAGCGAUAGUAGUAGUAGUAGUAGUAGUAGUAGUAGUAGAAGCGAUAGUAGAAGUAGUAGUAGCGAUAGUAGAAGUAGUAGUAGUAGUAGC